AUGACCUCUCAACCUCCUUCAACACCUAGUCCUGCCCCCGAGGUAGCAGAAGCUGCUUCGUCUAAGAUCGAACCGACGCAAGAGAAUGUGCGCCCUGCUCCUGCUCGCCGUCCUCGACCUCAAAGGCCCAAUUAUAAACACAUCCAUCGCUUUCCUCUCCCUCUUACCGUCCAGUCGUUGCCUCCUUUGAUUCCGCAUAAUCCUCUCUCCGUCAUCAGCGUCGCUCUGUCAUACUUGACCUACUUGAUUUCGCCGCCACACCAAGAGCUCUACUCCGCCUAUUUCGACUCGAAUACAUCCUCUGUUCAUGUUACGGAUGAGAAGACAAUCAGAGCGCUAUGGGAGAUGGGCUUCUUUGGCAAGGGCUCGCUGAGUCGCAGUGAGCCCAGUUGGUUGGAGCGGGAAAAGAAGCGAAGGGGUCAGUUCGGUGGGAAGACCAGUGAGGAUGUUACGCGGGAGAGGAGAACGGAACGGCGCGAGUUGAAGCUCGAGAGAGCGCGCAUGGAGAAGCUUGCCAUUGAACAGCAACUUCAGGCCGAGGCUGCUGCUAAGGAAAACGGUACUGCAUCCCCUGACGUGGAUGCAGACAAUACUAGUAAUGGGACUGCUAGUACCACGGAAAAGUUCUCCCUUCGAAAGGCUCGUGAAGCGAAGAUGCUCGAGUCGCAGCAGUCGGGGGAGCAGACUCCGAUGGCAGAUUCCGGGAAUGCAUCGCCUGGAAGGAAAACAGUGCGGUUCUCACCUGUUGUGCAGGAGAAGCAGUUUAUCUCUGAUUCCGCCGUUCUGCAACUGCCCGAGUCACUCAUCGACGGGCACAAGGCCGACGAGGAAUUUCUGUUGAAAAAUGAAGAGCACCUUCAGCUGUCCAACGAAGAGGCUCUCUUCCUUGCUUACGGACUUGGCGCCCUCCAGGUCUAUGACUGUGACCAAAAAAAUACAAUCCCUACAUCUUCUUUACUCACAUUAUUCCGCCAACACUCAUACUUCCCUCCCCGGAGUCCUGCCGCAAACCUGGACCCAGACGACCCUUUCCUCGUCUCCUACGUGGUGUACCACCAUUACCGAUCUCUUGGUUGGAUUGUUCGUUCCGGCGUGAAGUUCGGAGUGGACUACCUCCUCUACAACCGCGGACCUGUUUUCUCGCAUGCUGAGUUCGCCCUCGUGGUUAUCCCGUCAUACGCCCGCCCCUACUGGUCUGAAACUGAAGAGCGCAGGGCGCACGCCGAAGAGAAGCAGGCGCGCAGCUGGUGGUGGCUUCACUGCGUUAACCGUGUACAGGCGCAGGUGAGAAAGAGCUUGGUGAUCUGCUAUGUGGAAGUGCCACCCCCGGAUGAUGCUCAGGCAUUAGAGAAUGAUAUCGGGGCCUUGCUUGGUCGCUAUAAGGUACGGGAUGUUACGAUCAAGCGAUGGGUUCCAAACCGGAGUCGGGAUUAG